GUAGUUUGGCGGCCCUUUCAUUCUUGGGUGUUGUAGUUUCGGAUGGGCUUCGGAAAUCCUAGCGUCAUUCUUCCUUCUUUGAAAAUUCGCUCGGUCGCCAUCUUGUCGCGACUUAAGUACUGAGGAAACGGGGGCAGGUGAAGCUGCUGAAAUUGAGGACAAGAACUGAAAAACCGUUCAUUGAUUGUGCAAUGGAAAGUAAGAAUAAAGGUGAUGGUUCUUCCAGAGAGGGGCUUCUGCUUAGAAUAGGUCUCAAUGAUAACAAAGCUGGAAUGCAAGGGCUGGAUAAAGAGAAGAUCAACAAAACCAUAAUGGAAGCCUCCAAGGGUUCUAAAUACUAUGAGAAUGAACUUAAGAAAGAUCAACAAGUUAACAAACGAAUUGAAAAAAUGCUGAAACUAAAAAAUAAAAUAACAGAGGAACAACUCAUGAAAGCACAGUUACAGAUGGAUAAGCUUGCCUUGGAACUUGAUCAGAGCCGUGAUCUUAGGUAUACAAUUGUGCACAUCGAUAUGGAUGCAUUUUAUGCAGCUGUAGAAAUGAGAGACAAUCCUGAAUUGAAGGACAUACCAAUAGCAGUGGGAUCAUUGAGUAUGUUGUCUACUUCAAAUUAUCACGCCAGAAGAUUUGGGGUACGUGCAGCCAUGCCUGGAUUUAUUGCUAAGAAACUCUGCCCAAAUCUUACUAUAGUGCCAUUAAACUUUAAGAAAUAUAAAGAAGUAAGUGAAGAGGUUAGGGAAAUACUGGCUGAAUAUGAUCCCCACUUUAUGCCCAUGGGCCUUGAUGAAGCCUACUUGAACAUAACUGAACACUUAGAAGAAAGAAAGAACUGGGAUGAAAGCAAAAGAAGGUAUUUCAUCAGUGAUACUCCAACUGGCAAAAAGAAUGAAAUUACAUGCAACAAAUCAAAGCUAAAUGAAGAUCAUUAUUCCUCUUCACCAGUCUUGUUUGAUGAUGAUACUCUGAUACAUAAGCAGUCUGUUGACCCUUCUCUACUGCACUUGCAAGAACAGAAACAACAACAAUCAACAACUCAAAUAAAAUCAGUUGUCUUUGGAACAUCAGCUGAGGAUGUUGUGGAGGAAAUUCGCUUUAAGAUUCAGCAAAAAACAAGGCUGACAGCUAGUGCUGGCAUUGCUCCAAAUAUGAUGUUGGCAAAAAUGUGCAGUGAUCAAAAUAAACCCAAUGGCCAGUAUAGAAUCCUCCCAGAAAGAGAAUCUGUGAUGAACUUCAUCAAAGAUUUGGCCAUUAGAAAGGUGCCUGGCAUAGGAAAAGUAACAGAGAAAAUGCUCAAAGCUUUGGGAAUUGUGACUUGUGCAGAACUUUACCAACAGAGGGCAAUGAUUUCUCUCCUUUUCUCUGAAACAUCUUGGCAUAAUUUCCUGGAAAUCUCUCUUGGUUUGGGUUCCACACAUUUGGAAAGAGAUGGAGAAAGAAAAAGUAUGAGUACUGAAAGGUAUGUACUCACAUGUAGAGCACCCAAAACACCACUAAUGUUUAGGACAUUUAAUGAAAUAAGUACAGAAGAACAAUACAAGUUGUGUCAAGACCUUUGCAGUGAUCUUGCUCAGGAUUUGAAAAAGGAAGGACUAAAAGCUAGAACAGUAACUUUAAAGUUGAAGAAUGUAAAUUUUGAAGUGAAGACAAGAGCUACUACAGUGCAGACUGCAGUUUCUAAUGAAGAAGAAAUAUUUGCUGUUGCUAAAGAGUUGCUUAGAACAGAAAUGGAGUGUGUUGCCCCACAACCUUUACGUAUAAGACUGAUGGGUAUCCGAGUAUCAGGUUUCCUAAACGAAGAAGACAAGAAAUAUCAACAAAAGAGCAUUGUUAAUUUCUUAGAGCCAGGGAGGAAAGUCAGUGUUUCUAGGCUUACAUUUAGGAAAUCUGUUGAAGAAAGUUCUCCAAAAGCACCUGAAAGGGAAAGCUUUUUUAAUAGAAAACGAGCUACCAGACAGCAAGCCUAUCAAGGAACUUCUAUAAGUGAGUCUUCAAACAAAAAGCAGAACCUACAAAAUGCAACCUCAGUUGAGCAGUUGAAAGAACAUCAGAUCUUCAUUUGCCCUGUUUGUUUUAAACAGCAUCAUGAUAACACUUUAGAAGAAUUUAAUAGACACAUUGACAAGUGCCUUAGUGGAACAUUAGAAAAAGCCAACACAGAAAUUACAAAUAGCAAUUCAUGGAAAAGUGGAACUGAUCUGUCUCUGGAAAGGGAAAAGAAAGAAUGUAAAAAAAUUGAAACAAGUAAGCCAUCAGUAGAAAUGCAAUCAACAGAUAUAGUCAGUCAUGAUACCAAUAGUAGCACAGACUUUAUUCCUAACCUGCAAGAUGAUGAAAAUAGUACAGAAGGUGUAAAUAACUGUACUAGUGACCUUGCAUUUGAUAUGCACUCAAAGCAGGACUUUUCGUCUAAUGCAUUAUCAGUGAAAAAAGAAGAGUAUUUUGAAGAGUCCAGUUGUGCAGAAAUCAACUUGCCAUGUUUUUUUGAUGCAACUGAAAGUAGAAUGUUAGUUUGUCCAGUCUGCAACUUAGAACAAAAAACAAAGGACCUUGCAUUGUUUAAUAGGCAUGUGGAUGUUUGCUUAAACAAAGGCAUUAUCAAGCAGUUGACAGAAAAUUCAAAAAGCAUGGGCAUCUUGGAUGGAGGACAACAUGGUACAAACUCCACAGUGGGAAUGAAACGGCCUGGAGCAAUGGUUCCCCAGUCAACAUCCAAAAAACCAAAGCCAAACUCUUCUAAGUGCACAAUAGAAUCAUUUUUCAAAUGAAUGCAGUAUAUUUUAAGAAGGACUUUUUGAUAAUUGCAGUGGUACAAUACUUGGGAUGUAAAAUAUGUUGCUCUGACUUUCUCCUUUGUGUAUACAUUUUACAGAUGAUUUUGCACUAUCCAAAGUAACAUUUUACUUUCCAGAGGUUGCCCUUGUGAUAACUUUAUUUUGAAGAAUGAAAAUGUAUUGAAUGUUGACUUUGUUUAUGCUGAUGAACAAAAUGCCCUUUCUCUAGGAGUAAUGAACCUCUCUGAGUACUAAACUCAGCAACACUCAAUGCAACUUGGUACCCAUGCCUGUAAUUUUAGUAGCUCUUUGAUAUGAAAGGAAAGUGAAAGAAUUAUGCUUUCAGUUGGUAAUUAACAGAUGAGCUUCACAAAUCAUGUUAUUAAAUGUGUACUCUUGAUGAUGGGACAGUAAAGCCAAGAUCUGAGAUUUAGUUUACUAUACUUUGUGCAAUGUUGUUAUAUUAAGUACCAUUAAUUGAUACACUUUAGGUCUUUUCUGUACAAAAAUGCACACAAAUGCACACUCAGAUGAAAUCCUAGCUGCCAUGCUUUAAAUCUAUCAACACUGUUGUAUUGCCUGUAUCAUUUAUGUUUUGUUUCAUAGUUUUCAAGUAUUUUCACUAUAGUGUCCAGUGGUUACUCUGCCUUUCCAAAUUAUUUGACUUCACUUUAAGGGACAAUUCAAUUAUUAAUUAGAACAGUGGAUAUUACUAAGAUUCUGCCAAGUGUGACAGAUUCAUUGUCAGGAACAUAGGAUAGAAAACUGAAUCAUGAAGUAAAGUCUGCCUUUGUGCUGUUUUUUAAAUAAACUCAUACUGGUGAACAGGGGAAAAUAAGGGACACUUGACUCUGAAGGGAUUCUACCAACCAUAUUUUAAAUAUGAAAAAACAGUGUUGUGUAUAUUCAUAUUUAUAGAAACUAUAUAUAUUUAAAUAAUUUUAUUUAUAAUAUAUUCACAAUAUAUUUUCAAAAAUUUUGAGAACAUUUUAAAAGUCAGUGUAAUGAAUUUUCAUUUGUUAAUUUUGUAUUGCUUUAUAUUGUUAAAUAAUCAGAAUAGCCACAAUUAAAAUUACAGUUGUUCUGCCUGGACAGAUCUCCACAUUUCAAAGAAUAAAGGGAUUUACUGCAUUGUGUAAAUUCUCAGGUCAACCCAAGCUGCCCUGCCACCCCCCCACCAGCAAAAAACAAAAAAGAAAAGAAAAGCCUUGCAUGUGUUAACUAUAUUGCAGUCUUUUAGUUAAACAUCUGUCUUGCUGCCAGAGGUGUCAAGGAAUUGAAGGCUGGUGAGGGAAUGGGCUGGCAGAGUAGGGAUAGAGUGCUCUCUUCCUCCUCUGCCCCAGUAUAGAAGCCAAGUAGAUUACUAGAAGAGAGGGUUGCUCUCCUUUGUGCUUCAGAUAGAUAUGUAGUAGCUAGUGAAAGAGGACCAGAGCUCCCUAUUUUCUUUGUCCUAGUUCCCAGACUAGGAAAAAAGAAAUUGCAGGCUUGUCACUUUGUUGGCUUAUUUACAGGACUGUUGUGCACACAACAUAUUGGGGUCAGAACAAUUGGGUCAUCAAACCCCAACACUUGGCAAGAGCUUUUUCCUCUUGCACUGCCUUGGAACCAAUAUACCUGAUCCUCUGACCUUCUAUCUUGGCAUAAUAAAUUAAUGUUAUUAAAAGUAA